GCUGAUCAGAGAGAGCAGGAAGGAUUGGAAGAAGGGCAUCUUUGUAGAAAUCAUCCUUUGCUCGAGAAGGACAUUGAUUUAUUUCUUACGAAAUGAAAUGUUGUGAUUCUGUUUUUAUGAAAGAAGAUAAAAAGGCUUGUUAGGUCUUGUGCUUUCGUGAGCGAAAGAUUGGAUCCAACGAAAACAACAGUUGCGUGAGGUAGCCUAGAGCCCUGUCCCCUGCCACUCUCAGCUUCUCUGUUUACCGGGAACAUUCCAAACUACUCCUGGCCACGGAACGGACCUUUUCCAACUGCACUGCCAGAAGGAGACACUGAGAAGCAGUUUCUGAGUCUGAGCUGGAUUCAAUGAGAGAACCAGAGCAGGAGGAGAAGCCCGAAGACAUCAACAUGCCUCCGAAGUUCAAACGACACCUCAACGACGAAGAGGUCACCGGAUCAAUCCGCAGUGAGAGGAGGAACCUUCUGGAAGAAGAAUCUGAUGAAGAAGAGGACUUUUUCCUGAGGGGCCCGACUGGACCCAGAUUCGGAACAGGAAAUGACAAAAUCCGACAAGUUCAGUCGCAGGUUGAUGAGGUCAUCGACGUAAUGCAGGAGAACAUCUCCAAGGUGAUUGACAGGGGGGAGAGACUGGAAGACCUGCAAGACAAGUCAGAGAGUCUUUCUGACAAUGCCUCAGCCUUCAGCAGCCGAGCCAAGCAACUGCACAGGAGGAUGUGGUGGAAAGAUGUGAAGAUGAAGGCUGUUAUCGCUCUGGUUGUGGUUGUUCUGCUGCUCAUCAUCAUCGUUCCAGUGAUCUUGCGGUAUCGCUAGAGUCUUACCAGUUGGAGGAAGAAUCUCAUCUCCUCUUUCUCCUCUGCCUCUUCCUUCCAUUCUCCUGCACACAGUCCUUCACACCAGCUAGGGAGCUCCACCCAGCCUCCCGGACCCCUGCUGUGCCAACUUGUGUGGCUCUGGGCAGACACUUUCCUUAAUAACAGAUCUAGAACCAAUGCUGACUUUGACCAUUGGGGUGGAAAACCCCAAACUGGCCUGAGAUCAGUGACCCCUUCUCGCCCUGGUCUGUGAGUCAGGGCGGGGGGGACGCACGAGGCAUCAUGUUAGCGUAAUGUAGGGGUUGGGUUUGCAUCCCAAAUCACAAGUCUUUAUGGGAAUCUGGUGUAAUUUGGGAUGUGACCCUGUAUCAAAAAGGAGAACAUUUAUUACCUUUCAGCCAGCCGAAAAAGGUUGCAUUUCAUAUCACAUAGUCAGAUUAUUUUACGCCGGUUGAUCUGUAUGCAUCAAUAGCUUAGAAAUAGGCGUUGUAAAGCACACCAAAAUGUUCCAACAUGAAGAAUGUAACCACCACCUCACCCCACAACAGAUUUUAGAAUGCUUUUUGUGCCAGAAGUGAAAAUGAGGCAAUGCUUACAUCUCAAUCUACGGUGACCUCCUCUUACUUGUCUCUCUUCCUUGUCUCUAUUCCUUGUCUCCUUCCCAUCAUCCAGUUUGAGCUCUUACACUAGCACAGGGCUUCCAAAACAUGUCUGGCCUGUGACCCCAUUUUCAUGUGGAAAAUAAAUUGCCAACCCACUAUUGAAGAAAUAAAAAUGUAAGUUAUCAUUGUCCAAUAUUAACUUUUUAAAUUGGGGUUAUAAUAGCCUUAUGAGUCAGUCUGAAAAUCUGAGUGCAAUCGUUUUGUAGGAUUCUCUGUAGAAAUUACAUAUGUCCUUUAGUCUGGUUGAGUGGCAGGUCUAGUGCACUCUGUUCUGUUGAGCCCUGCUUGUAUGCAUUGUAGAGAACUACAGCACGUGCUUCCAAGAGUAUUCUCCUUGAUUGGGCAAUUGUAACUUAAACAUAAAAAAUAUAUUUAAAAAAAUUAUUUUCUUUUUUAUAACCACAGCUCUUUGAAACCAAGUGAAUUUUUCAGUUUCACUAGUGAAGUUGUGAAAUAUGGUGACCCCCAGCAUGGUCGCGACCCCUAGUUUGGAAAGCGCUGCACUAGCAGGACAGGUUCUGGCCAGUGUGAGGAAGCCACUGUAAAGUACUGAGAGGGACAGUGUGUCCAGUUAACCUUUGGUAACGCAUGGCAAUCUCAUAUCCUGUCUGUAAUGCUGGGGUGAAUGUCUCUCUCCAGAUGGUUGAAUUUGAUUCUGUACAAAGUUAUUGUUUCUGUUAGUGAUAUUGACUCUGGUUGGAAGGUCAACGUGAAGCUUCUGAAUGUCUGCUGCUAUUCCCAAUAACCUGUAGAAGCCAAGUGACAGACUUCACUCUUCUGCAGUUGUUUUUACCACCGCUUGUGUGUGUGUGUGUGUGUGUGUGUGUAUAUGUGUGUGUGUGUGUGUGUGUGUAUGUGUGCCAGUGAUUUGAAUGAUUGGGGUGGCAUAAACACUGGCCUAACACUGUCUAAUGUGAUGGCAACACAAAAUCUAGCAUAGCUGUAUGAAACAAUAGCCCCUAGCAUUGUCAUUACUUUUUUAAAUGUAAUUUAUUUGAGGUGUAAAUAUUUAAUUUUGUGUUAUACUUUGGUAUUGCAUUGGCAAGCUGUGAAAUACUGUAAUGUUUCUCUGACAUAAUAAAAUGGUUUUAAAGAGAA